AUGUCUACUUCUGUAUUAUCAUUUAUCCAAGCUCAAUUUGUUCGUUAUGGCAUGGCAAUCAUUCUGGUUUUCGGUUGUUUUGGCAAUGUAUAUGCCGUCUUUUUUUUCAUUCGACAACGGAAAAAUGUAUGUGCAUUGUUUCUACUCAGUGCAGCAUUCAUGAAUAUUCUGUAUUUGAUUUUUAAUAUUCCAAUCAAUGUUUAUUCGUAUGAAUUUGGUGAUCCAUCACGGUAUUCCAUGACUUUGUGCAAGUUACGUUACUAUAUCUUCCAUGUAUGGGGUCAAAUGUCGAGAUAUUUCAUUCUUCUAGCUUGUAUUGAUCGAUAUGCUUUGACACAUAUGAGUGCCAACAUACGAUUGUUAAUUGGACCACGUCUCGCUCGACGUCUUAUCGUCAUUGUUACUCUCUUUUGGCAUGUCUUUCCAUUGCAUAUUCUUAUCAUGACAACGAUUAAGAAUGGUCAAUGCGGUUAUUUCGAUUUGUAUUAUAUACUGAACAGUAUCUAUAUGCUGAUCUUUGUUUGCUUAGUGCCACCCAUCUCCAUGAGUGUUUUCGGAUAUCUUGCCUUUCGGAAUAUGCAUCGAUUACAUACUCGUGUACAACCCUCAAGUCCUGGAAUGACAAACGACGCAAUUGCCAUUCAUCGACAAGAUCAAAAUCUGUUGAGAAUGGUCCUCGCUGAAGUGAUCAUGUAUCUGAUGACAAUGAGUAUUUAUCCAGUUAUUAUCUGUGAGUUGGCCGUAACCAACGCCAUCGGAAUGAACAAAAGUCUGCAACAGACUCAGAUUGAAAGUUUCAUCCUCUUCAUGGCACAAUUCUUGAUCUAUAUCAACACAUCAGCACCAUUCUACACCUAUAUGACUGUCUCAAAGACAUUUCGUCAUGAUUUCAAGGAGACACUUCGUCUAUGCAUCCGUCGCACACCAUAA